UCUCGGGGCGAGGAGGCGCAGAGGCCGGCAGAGACGCUGCCCGGGUGGCGAGGACGGCGAACACCCCCAAGCCCUGAUUAUGACUACCACUCUAGUAUUAACGCAGCACAUAUUGAGAGAAGACCAGGGGACGGAGGGCAAUCGUCUCCUGUAUGGAUCCAGUGCUUCUGAAAUUACGGAGGAAAUUGAAUAUAUAAAACAGAUUAGAUCCACUCUAGCGAAAGUUCGGCCUCUGUUGUGUAAAAACCAUGGAGUUGCAAACGGCAUGCAGGCGCAUUUCCAAGAAUCUGGAUUGGAACCUGAUGAAGAGAGCUUGGCCUCAAGCUUCUCGAAGACAGUGGAGAAGGUGGAAGAGAUAGAACAAGAACUGUCACGUGUGAACAAAGAAAAUGAAUGGCUGCAGAUCAAGCUCGAUGCUUCAAGAGCAGCUGGAAUAGAGUGCGUGAGAAACAGCUCCCGGGUACUCCAGGAAGAAUACAAUCAGCGCUGUGAAGGUCUUAAGAAAAGGCAUGAUGGGGUUAUACACACAAUGAAGGCACGCAAGUUUGAGCAAGAAGAGAAGUUAAAGCAAAGUACAGACAACCUCAGUCGAAUGAAUGUGGCACUUAAAGAAAAGUACAUCCAGAUCGAAGAACUGGAGAAACGAGUCCAGAGGAUGGAAGAAGAAAAGAAAACGUUGACAGAAAAGAAACGGUUAUUAAAAGGGAAGCUGCAACAGAUGAUGUCGAAAGCGGAAGAUACUAACAGCUGCGUGAAAGUUCAGACAGAGAUCUCCACUCUUCAGGAACAAAUCAGUCAUCUUGACCACGUGAUUCAUUCUCAGCAUCAAAAUUUACAUGCUGUGAUCCAUCAGAUUGAAGACUUGAAUAAUGAGCUACGACUUCAAAAUGAAAGAAUAGAAUCCCUAAAAGAGAAAAUUGGGAUGCUGCAGGCGAAGAAUGAAGAACUGAAGUACCAAGUACAAUUCUGGUCUUCCCAGUCUAAAUCAGUAGCGUCCAAAGCUGUUUCAGUGAAGCUCGAUGGGGCUGGGCCAUACAGCAUGGUAACCAGACUACGCAAAUGAGAUGUCCCCAUGAUCUGGCCCCAGGAUCCCAUUCUUCUUUGACUUCCUAUUGAGGAUUCCUCUUCUGUGCAGUUCUGUUGUGAAACAUUCUACAUAGGAAAAGCUCUUCUCCCGCAACAUGUUGGCUCAAGCCUGUAGCAAAACAAACGGUAGCCCGGGAUGGCAUUUCCAAUGGAAGAAGCAGAGUCUGGUGCGGAGGAAGACCUGGAAGAUGGCUAAGAAGUGGUGAUGGAGAAGGAAAUGGCUUCUUUUGCAUUUAUUUAAGAGACAUGUGACAAUAGCAGUGUGGCUGUCUCCACCGAUGAUGGAAAUGUUCUGCCUUUAGGACUGAAUCAGCCACGCACAGCAGCCAGGAAAUUCUUCGUGCCAUAUGGGAGGAUACACAUCCAGCUAUACUGACAAACAUAUGAAGGAUUAAUUGCACCUGAGCCCAGAAUAUGAUAUAGUUGCAUUUGCGUCUGCUUGUUUGUACGUUGCAACGGACUGAUCCAAGCUCUUAAGAUAUAGCUACUCUACACGUUAGCAGUCAUUCUCUAUUUUUUGGAGAGUCCUAAGAGUUGCCUCGUGGGCUGUGAGAGGGACAUACGGGGGAAGGUAGCACUAUGAAUCCUCUAGCUUGUGCUGUCCCUAGACGUCUUGGGCGGCGGGCAGCUGUGACUCUUAGAUUAUGCACCUUUAGCUGUACAGGUAUUUAGGACAGGGCAUGCUUGUCAUUGUGAGACCAAAGGUAACAAAAGAGCUGUCUCAAGG